GCUAAUAUUCAUCACAGGUGCUUUGAACAAUCAUGACGUCAAAGCCAGAAGAGUAUCCACCACCACCUCCGUAUACGUACGGGACCGAUGGUCAGCCGUCCGCAGCAUAUUACUACGGUGCACAGCCUCCUGUUAAUAACGUCAACUACGGGUGGAAUGACCCGACAAAUGGAGGUUACAACGAUCCGGAAACACUUGCGUUGAAAUCAGAGCCAGUGCCUCCCCAAGAAAGCAAUGGAACCACGGGACAUGGCGAUGGUUUCACCACGGCUGAACGAUUCGCUGAUGAUACUGUACGAAGAACGUUCAUUAGAAAGGUGUACGGCGUAUUGACAGUUCAACUGAUUUUUACGUUUGCGGUCGUCUGUGUAUUCACAUUCGUUGAUGACGUCAGAUUGUGGGUCCACCGCCAUUAUGGAUUUUUCAUUUUAUCUUUUGUCGUGUUCCUGGUGGUUUACCUUGUUAUUGCAUGUGUGGAGUCUCUUCGUCGUAAGCAUCCAAUUAACAUAAUUAUGCUGAUUUUACUGACUUUAUCGUUAUCGUACAUGGCAGGCGCAAUCGCAAGCUAUUACAGUACUCUGUCUGUUGUCGUCUGCAUUGCCAUAACGCUGGGUGUGUGUAUAGGUGUUGUGAUAUUCAGUGCACAGACAAAGUUCCAGUUCACAGCUUGCGUUGGCGUAGUUUACGUGCUGACUUUGACAAUAUUAAUAUUUGCUUUCAUCGCCAUAUUUACGUUUUGGUGGAUUAGUGAUGUGCUGAUUGGCCUAUUGGUGGCAACCCUUCUUGUACUGUGGUUGGCUAUCGAUACACAGCUUAUCUGUGGCGGAACAAGACAUGACCUGACUCCCGAAGAAUACAUAUUUGCAGUAACAUCGUUAUAUACCGACAUUAUCUUCAUAUUUCUUAUCUGUUUAUCCCUGUGUGGGAGGCCGUAGUUUUCAAGGAGUAAUCUUUAGUAAUUCUCGCACUUUAUCACUUCCACAAACCGCGACAAACGCAUAAUGGGUAAAAUCAAUCAAGUUCCAGUAUCGCACAGACCAUCUUUUUGUCUCAUAGCGUUUGGAUUUGCGGGAGAUGUGGGGAAUACUACAUUGUAGUAAUAAUCAAUCGUCUGGACUCGCUUUUAUUUUAAAAUACCGUGGGCCACGGUGAUUCGGUUAAUUCAAAUGCGUUAGCGAAAGAAAUUCUUACACUCAUAAUAAGCUAAUACCUUCGUUAAAUAGAGUUGGUCGUCGUGCCGCGCAUGUGCGACAUUUUUGUUGAUAAACAUUGAUUUUCCCACAAUACGCCUUUUUAAUGAAAUCACGAGUGCGAGAUUUGACCUGGGUGUCACUUGCACUAAUUACCGCCGGCGACUUGUUCGAUACCUUCCAAUCACCUAAAAAAUACCUAAUUAAAGAUUUGUAACUGUUCAGCUUGUAUUCGUUGGUGUGCGCAACAGUCAAAGUCGCCAUCUUUGUUUAAAUGAGCCCCAUAUAUCGCGCAUGCGUGGAGCGAUGACCACCGUACUUUAACGUUCGGACUCACUGAAGGAAUUUGAAAUUUAAAUAUUUAUAAAUACGUCGCAUACAAGUAUCAAGACCACAAUAAAUAUGUGUGAAUGAUCUUAGAGUGCAAAUAUAAAAGAGGGUGGUCGUCGCCCGCAUCGCGUUUGAUGUGUAACUAUACCAGACAAACUAUUAACAAAGGGCGGUGAUCGCCGCGCAGUGUUAUCUUCCCAUCGUACGCGAAAUUCGAAUACUCGCUGCGUGAAGACCACAGUCCUUUUAAUUUGCUGCACACGUGUACGGCAAUAGUAUUCAUGUGAUUUACCUUACCAAUAGUAAAUUAAUUAACAUAUUUCGUAAUAUUAUUCUCUCCGUUCGUGUCUCUACAGUUAUCUCCUAUAUAAUAUUCGGGCAGUUGAAGUGCCCACAUUUUGGUUUCGAUCGUGUUUCUUUUGGCGCGAACGCCAGUGUCCAUUGUGAAAUAGUACAUGGAAUAACGCUGCAUACGUUACUCGUGCGUUUGAGUGUGUCUCGAGGAGG